CCUCAAUCCUCUCCGACCUCAUCUCUGGCAAUGCAGCCAAGCGCACGCGCAGCCAAACCGCUGACACCUUUGGAGAUGAGAGCGACGCUGGGCGCCCCGCCAAGCGCACAAACAAGCUCAAAGUCGAGGCCCCCGAGUCUAUGCUGAUCGGCAAGCAGUCUCGCGACUUGCUCGACAACAUUGGUGCCGUGGCGAGGGAGCGCGACGAGCUCAAGCACAGGACGGAGAGCUUGCAUCUGACCAUCGAGGCGCUUGAGAAGAAGAUCUUCAGCAGAGAAAAGGAGCUCGACGCCAUGAGGCUUAACACGAGGGAGAUGGUGCGCAAGGCGCAGGGUGUGAUGCAAGUCGCCGACGAGGUCAAGAGCGAUUGCUUCGCUCAGCAAGUAAGCUACCGAGUUGCCGUGGAACAGCUACGCGAGGAGAAGAGUCUCCUUCAAGAAGAGCGCAAGACGUUUGCCGACUUUUUGAACGGCGACGACGAUGGGUCACUUUGCUCAGUCAAGCGCACGAUUGAGCAUAUCCGCGCGCAGGGCAUCGAGCCUUUUCGCCUCACAAGCCAGUCUCUCAACGACAUCAAAGCUGCAUACAACAAGGAGAAGGAAAAUGCUCAGCAGGCUCAGUAUGAUCGCGCGUAUGAGAGGGAGCGAGUCAAGGAACUCACCACCGAGCUGCACAAGUCAGCCACCAAAUACGAAGCCAAGACCGCCGAGCUGACCACCAUGCUCAAGCAAGUCGAAGAGCUCAAGGCAGAACGCCGCAUCCUCGAGCAGAGAGAGGACGACUUCCUUGUCUUCAAGGCCGAGGCAAUUGACAAGAGCAAGGAGCAAGCCACUCAGCUCAUCGCAGCUAGCGAGCGAGAGGGGAAGCUUCGCGGCAGGAUUGAAGAUGCUGAGAAGUUGCUGGGUGAAAAGGAGAAGGAGAAGGUUGAUCUCAAGAGGCAGCACGUGGACAUGGAGCGGAGGCUUGCUACCACGCAGACGCACCUCGAAGACAAGCAAGAGGAGCUUGAGGAGCUUGAAGAUCAGCUUGAGCAGCAACGCGAGGAGCUCAACGAGCAAGCUGACGAGAUCACGAAGCUUUCUAAUGACAAGGAAGAGCUGCAAAAGAAGGUGAAAGAAGCGCAGCAGACAAUUGACUUCCACCAAAAGAGCAUCAGUGCCCUCACCGACUCACGCAACGAGUCGACCGACGAAAUUCGCCACCUCAAACGCAAACUCCAAGAUUACGAGGAAGACCACCUUACUCGCCAGCGCAAUGAUGUGCACAUCGACACGCUCAAGCAGCAGCUCGACGAGCUUCGCGCCUCGAAGUCGCACUCUGAGGAGGAGCUCAGCCGCAUCCGACUCGAAGACAUGCAAAAGGGGUAUCGCCUUGAGCAAGCCCAACAGCAGGAGUCGCGCCUUCGCACCGACGUCGACGCUGCCCGCGCUCGCGAGGCAAAGUUGCGCGACGAGAUGGAGCAGGGUAACGCAGAGCGCAACAACCUGCUUCGCCAGAUUCAAGGGAUUGAGAGCCAGCUAGCCAAGGCUCGUGACCAGGCAGACAAGGCCCGCGGUGAUGCUGCCGAGCAUAAGCAUGGAUUGAUGGAGAGUCGAGCCAACGAGGAUCGCUUGCGUGCUGAGGCCACGUCGGCCAAAUUGGAGGUAGAGAGGGUGAAAGAAGCGAGCCGUUUAUUGGACGAGGAGAGGGCGAGGGGCGUUGCCGCAUUGGUUGCUGAGCAACAAAAGGUGGGCCAAUACGAGGUAGACAAGGCAGCCGUUCAGCGUGCAAGGGCGAACGUUGUCGCCAGGUAUGAAGCCAAAGAGCUAGAGCUUUGGGAAAUGGAGCUCUUGGACCAUGCCGAUUCACGCCGCUAUACCGAGCUCCGCGAACAGCUAGCUGAAAAGGACAAAGUGGCCAAGACAAUGAGCAUUCGCAUCAAGGAGGUACAGGCCGAUCUCAACGACACGCGCAGUCUAUUGGAGGCGUCGCGCAAGCAAAGCGCUGGCCUUCACCGCGCUCUGGCGACGGCCCAGGCGCAAGCGAAUGCUGCAGGCGGCGGUCGCAGUUACGGUGUCGGAGAUGGAGUGGGUGCUGGUCUUUCAUCGAAGACGACGGACAUUCCGCGAAGCAAGACAAAGUCCAAGGUGAGCGCUCGGAGGACUCGGCGUGGGUAUACGGUGGCAUUGAUUGAUUCUCUCCCCCUGCCUUUGCGCAUGAAGAUGGGCUUGGCAAUGGGCGGCGGUAUGGCCUCUACCUACGGUCACCGCACUCCCUCGAUGUAUCGCGCCUCGCGCAUGUCCCGGGCCCCAAGCAGCAGCGAUGCUGAGCGACGAGAUGGCGGGCGUGACGAUGAGGAUGAAGAAUCGCCGAAACAGCGAGGCCGCCAGCGUGACCGCACGCCCAGCAAGAUGUCUCAGGAUGGUGACAGCGACAAUCGUGCCCGCCACCGAGCUGCCGCGGCCACGCAAGAGUCAGGCGAGGGCAACGAAUCCGUUGAGGCCGUCAGAGGAAGCAUGCCCCCUCCUGCUUCAUCUUCCAUCCUCGGCCGCAGCAGUGACACUCGAAAGACGCGUCGCUCCCAACGCAAUGGCGGGGAGACGGCCUCAUUUUCUGCCAGCACGGCCGGUGAGAGCGCUAGUAUCGACAUCAGCACGGUCGGGCGAUCCGGGAGGUCCCAAGCAGAGGCGGAGUCCACCCCGAUGGGUGGAGAUGUUGGUGGCAUGGGCCAGGGCGGCCAUGGCGAGUCUACUGGUCGCGCUGGUAGCGCGAACAGCAAGAAGAGUGAGGUGAUGAAGGGCAGAAAGAAGGUUUCGAAGGCGUAGGCAGGUGGAGCCACAGUCCCCGCAGAGAGAGGAGCCUUUGGGCCGCAGAAGGCAUUGAGGAUCCAGCGAAACCUACUAUCCAACCACGCCAUGUCCCUGUCCCAGACACGAGCUCGUCGCUCGCCCAGAAUACAAAGACCAUUAUCCACCCCUUGACCGCUCAAUGCUCUGCUCAUUGUGCGUGACUAGGCUCAUCUCUUGCUCUCGCCUGCUGGCGGACCAGGAUAAGGAGGCAGCGUCGCCACGCUCCCUUGAUAUUGAGAUCGGCCUACUGCAUCAUCUUGCAUCUGUUGAGAAUCACGACGUGGAGGAGGUGGUUGCUGUCCUUGCCUACUCUGCGGCAUCGUUUGAACACCGCCCAUAGCUGACAGGCCCCUGCGCUGAGCGUCUGCAUCCGAGUACGCUCCAGCUCCCUGCGUGGAUGUUGAUUGGCCCAUGAAGGCGUCCCCGCUGCUGCUGCUGCUACUGCUGCUGCGCCUCGA